AUGCUGUAUCUGGAUCGGGUGGGGCGGCGUAAACUGGCCAUCUACGGUGGAAUAGCCAUGGCAAUCCCGCAUCUCGUAAUGGCGGGGUUAAUGAACCGAUUCAGUAGCGACUGGGCUUCACAUCAGGCAGUUGGGUGGUUCUGUGUGGCCCUGAUUUACCUAUAUGUGCUCUCCUACAGCAUCUCGUACGGUCCAUUGGCAUGGGUCCUUCCUGCGGAGGUGUUUCCUAGCCCCAAACGUGCCAAGGGGGUUGGUGCCGCUACGGGGAUGAUUUGGUUGGCCAACUUCAUUAUAGGGGUUGUCGUGCCGGAGAUGCUCCUUAAGCUCGGAUGGGGGACGUAUCUCUUCUUUGGAAUUUUCUGUGUGGCUGCCGCCGUAUUUUCAUUCUUCUUGGUUCCAGAGACAUCGAACAAGUCGUUAGAGCAAGUUGCCGCGGGAUUCGGUGACGAACUCAUUGAUGAGGAGCGGAACCUGCAAAGCCGCAUUUCCGGCGAGGUGUGGCAUGGCUAUGGCAGUCAUGCGGAGAAGGAAGCGCGGGUGUGA